UUCUCCUCCUCCUCCUUCAUCUUCAUCUCCAUCUCCAUCUCCAUCUCCAUCUCACUCCUCUUCUCCCUCCAUGGACCUCCCACUAAGCUCACCGGAACCCAGUCACCGGAAAACCCAAUACCAUAUACAAACAAGAUCAUUAUCCUACACACUCCCUUCCAGCUCCGGCAACUCUCUCUGGUCUUCUUGCCAUAACUUUCUUCACCCUCAAACAAGAUCCAUUCUCAAAGACAUAACUUGUGAAGCAAAUCCCGGUGAGCUUCUCGCAAUUGUAGGUCCGAGUGGUGCCGGAAAAACAACUCUUUUAUCAAUACUCGCUGGAGUUAUCCACCCACAAAGAAUCUCCGGUGAUGUCUUAAUAAAUGGCAUCCCUAUGAACAUCUCAAGAUUUCGUCGAAUCUCCGGCUAUGUCUCUCAAGAAGACACACUCUUUCCUCUACUCACUGUCAAAGAGUCUCUCCUUUACACUGCUCGCUUGAGACUUGGAGUCACAGUUCAUGAAUCCAUGGCUCUAGUUUUUGACCUUCUGAAAGCUUUAGGACUUGAUCAUGUUGCCGAGACAAAGAUCGGUGGCGGCAUCUCCGGUGGAGAGCGACGCCGAGUGUCCAUUGGCAAUGAAUUAGUACACAACCCUUCUGUUCUUCUUCUCGACGAGCCGACUUCCGGUCUUGACUCAGUUUCAGCUCUUCAUAUCAUUCAUAUGCUCAAAUCAAUGGCAAUGAUUCAAUCCAAGACCAUCGUUCUCACAAUCCAUCAACCCGGCUUUCGCAUUCUUGAGCUCCUCGACAAGCUCUUACUCAUCUCAGGUGGCAUCGUUUGCCACAACGGCUCCAUAGAAUCACUCGAAAAGAAGCUCAUCGAUGCUGGCCAUUACAUUCCUCAUCAUAUAAACAUCCUAGAGUUUGCCAUGGAUUCUUUAUCAUCAUCAUCAACAUCAUCAACAUCAUCUAAUCCUCUAGAGCUGUAUCAUAGAUUAGUAAUCCCCGAAGAGAAAAAACAAAUCCAAUACCCAAAUUCACGUUGCAGAGAAACCUCAAUCCUCACAGAGAGAUUCUUCAAGAACAUCUUGAGAACAAGGCAGCUGUUCACAGCCAGACUAAUUCAGUCAGCAAUAGCCGGCAUUGGCCUCGGCACCGUCUUCAUGAAUGUCCACAACCUUCAAGCAAGAGUCGGCUUUUUCGCCUUCAGCCUUACAUUCCUCCUCUCCUCCACAACAGAAGGCCUUCCUAUCUUCUUACAAGAAAGGAGAAUUCUCAUGAAAGAGACAUCUAGAGGAGCUUAUAGAGUCUCUUCUUAUGUUGCAGCAAAUGCUCUGGUUUUCCUCCCAUUCUUGCUCACAGUUGCACUUCUAUACUCCAUUCCUGUUUACUUCUUGGUUGGUCUCAGAAGACAAAUGGAUUGUUUCCUUUACUUUUCUCUGGUGGUUUGGAUGGUGAUGCUCAUGGCCAACUCCUUUGUGGCAUUCUUCAGUGCACUUGUGCCAAACUUUAUUAUGGGGAACUCUCUAAUUGCUGGGUUUAUGGGUUCUUUCUUCUUGUUCUCAGGGUACUUCAUCUCAAGAGACAGUAUUCCAAAGUACUGGAUUUUCAUGCAUUAUUUGAGCUUGUUUAAGUAUCCUUUUGAGGCUUUUGUUAUAAAUGAAUACGGCGGCGACGCCGGCCGGAGACAGUGCAUGCAGGUGGAGGGAAGUGUUUGUGUUCUUGAUGGAGGUUUGUUCUUGAGACAACAAGGGUUUAAAGAGGUUGAGAAGUGGAGGAACAUUGGAGUCAUGCUGGGGUUCAUUUGUGGUUAUAGGAUUCUAUCUUUGCUUGUCUUGUGGUUUAGGUGUUACAGAGUGAGGAGAUGAGAGGUUUUUCUUUUCUUUUCUUAUUAUUAUUAUUUUUUUAAAAUUUAAUUUUCUUUGUUGGUGUUUUGUUUAAGAUUAUAGCUAUGAUUUUACUAUUGGUUUAAUUGAGUAUAUUCAUAAUGUAA